AUGGGUGCGACCUUACGUACACUCCAAAAUCUCCAGCCUAUCAUUGAUCCGAGACUUGAAGGUGUGUAUUCACUGAAGUCAGCACAGGCGUUAGUCACUAUAGCUGAACUUUGCUUAAAAAAGAACCUGAUGUUAAGGCUAAAGAUGAGUGAGGUCCUAGAACUGGUUAUUGGAGUCACUGGGGUUCCAUCACAAUUAACUAGUUCUACACCAGCUCCCAGUAUAGAGCCUGUUAAUGUAGUCGUUGGGGUUCCAUUAAAAGUAACCAAUCCUGCAUCAACUUCCAAGAGUAUAGUCCCAGUGACACGGCUUUCAAAGCUCUUGAAAUCUUGGUGUAGAAAGGUUUGUUCUUGUGUAUGCGUGCCAAUUAGCAAAUGA